AUGACAGACGAGAAGCACCAUGCAGAUUAUUCCUCCUUUGGAAAUGCUACCGACAAGAAGGAGGUCCUCCAGCAAGUCGUCGACUCGUACGAGGCCCUAGUCUACGAACAGUCCAACUGGGUGUGCAACCUGGGCAACGCUUCUUCGCUGGUGUGGCAUGCGUACCACUCUUUGAAGGUGCCGGUGAACUGGGCAGGAUUCUAUGUCGUAGAUCCCAAGGAUCCUUCUCAGUUAAUCCUUGCUCCGUUCCAGGGAAAGGUUGCGUGCCAGACUAUCAAGAUUGGCAAGGGUGUGUGUGGAACUGCGGCUGAAAAGUUGGAAACUCAACUGGUCAGAGACGUCAACAAGUUUCCUGGUCACAUUGCGUGUGAUGGAGAGACCAAUAGCGAAAUAGUGGUACCUAUUGUUUUCGAGGGAAAGGUAAGGGGUGUUUUGGACAUCGACUGUUUGGUCCUGAAUGGGUUUGACGAGGACGACCAAAAAUUGCUGGAAGCUUUGGUGGAAAAAAUCAGUGCCACAUGUGAGUGGUGA